AUGUUGUCAACCACUCGACUUGUCAUUGCAUGUCUCUUGGUCAUGGCAUGUAUUCUUGUUGUGUCCAUCUCGUCCUCCUGUCAUGCUGCCCAACGAGAUGAUAUUUUUGAUUCAUUGAGUGAUUUCAUUUCACUUUCUGAUACAAUGAAAGGAACUAGUUCAGGAUCCUCAGGUAGCAGCAGUGGAUCAUCCAAGUCGUCAACCUCUUCAUCAUCCAAAUCGACAACAAGUUCCACCAAAACUCGUUCCAUGACAACAACCGCAGCCACAGCCACAAAGAAAGCACAAGAUGUCAUUGCUGCUUCUACCAAGCAUGUCCAAUCCAAUGCAAAGAAAGCCAGUACUGGAUAUUGUGCGAGACAUGUAGCCAAUGCGAUUGAUCAUGCAUUGGGAACGAAACAUGCACGACCAGUGAGUGCCAAAGACUUUGGUUCCUAUUUACAAGCCAAUGGAUAUAAGGCAGUGACAGGUCCACACCAAGUUGGAGAUGUUCAAGUGUAUGGAGCAAUUAAAGGCCAUCCAAAUGGACACAUGCAAAUGAAAACUCAGAAUGGAUACAUUUCUGAUUUCAAACAACGAGAUCAGUAUGCUGGAAAGGCCUAUCGAGAAUCUGGUGUUCAACCCACGAAUUAUAGAUUUGGUGGAUAA